AACUACAUGCAACGUGUUUUUCCGUGUCAAAUAAAGUCGUGUUUUACAUUUUAACACAAAUACACAUUCACUGCUUUUUAUUUUGACACUCUCCUGUGUGCUGCUGCCCCUGGUCUUGAGCGGUGUGACUGCUUCACCAAAGCAUUAGCACGCACGGAAUUAAACGAAGUGAACCAACAUCUUUAGGGUGGACUUAAAGUGGACGUUAUGGUCGUUUCAUGGCUGAAAGCCACUUUGAGGCACACGGUCGUCCAGCAAGAGCGUUUCGAGUCUGGUAAUGUUUUUUGAAAACAUAUAUUAGACGUUUUCUCGUGAGCGGAUGUGUCCUUGUCGGCUAGCCGCGGAGGUGGCGCGCGAGGCGGCGUCUUAUCAGAAAGCUUCCGCGACGUGAGAUUACAAAAAGUAGACCCCCAAAAUGGCCUCGGUGCUGGGUUGCUUCAAUGGACCCGAAGUGUUGGAGGACGUCAGUCACGCUCGGUGUUUGAUGGGGGAGCUGAAGGCGUUGUACGACAGCCGCCUUCUCUCGGACGUCACUAUCGAGGUAGACCCCGACGGAGAGCCCCUGGAGCCCGGCGGAGGCGGGGGGCCCUCGGGUGACGACCUCGUCCAGCUGUUCCACUGCAGCCGCAACGUCCUCGCCGCCGCCAGCCCUUACUUCAAGAGCAUGUUCACCGGUGGCUUGACCGAGAGCGUCCAGGAGAGGGUGGCCAUCCGCGGCGUGGACGCCGAGUCCAUGUCGGUCAUCGUGGACUACUGCUACACGGGUCAGGCGACCAUCACGGAGGGCAACGUGCAGAGGCUGUACGCAGCCGCCAACAUGCUCCAGCUGGAGUACAUCAGGAAGGCCUGCUCCGGCUUCAUGACCCGCAGGCUGGACCUCGCCAACUGCGUCGGGGUUCUGAAGUUCGCGGACACCUACGACAACCCCGAGCUGAAGGAGAGCGCUCGGGCCUUCAUCGCCAGGAACUUCGGCCAGCUGUGCAUCGCCGGGGAGCUGUGCGAGCUGGAACUGCACCAGUUGGAGGAACUGCUCUCCCUGGACACGCUGGACGUGGCCUGCGAGCGCGAAGUGUGCUCGGCCGCCCUGCGCUGGAUCGAGGCCAACGCGCCGCCCACGAAGGAGGAGGCGCUGCGAGCGCUGAGGUGCGUGCGCUGGAACUUGUUCACCGAGAGGGACAAGCGCUACCUGGAAGGGCUGGCGGCGAGGCCGUUCAUCGAGAAGUACGUGGAGUCCUUCUUCAACCGGCCCUGCGCCGUGUCCGCGUCUCUGGAUGUUCCCAAGCACAGGAUAGGCGUGAGCGCCAAAGAAAUGAUCUUGUUCUUCGGUCUUCCCAACGACAGCAUCAUGUGCUGCGACCCGUACUCCGAGGACCUCUACUUCGUGACGCCGCCUCUCGUGGAUCUCAGCAGCCAGGAUUACAAACGCUCCACCAUGGAGUCCCUCAUUGCUUGUUCCAGCCCGGAAAACAACCUCUACCUGGCGUCCCACCUCUCCAAACACUUCUGGCAGUACAAUCCGGUCCUCAACAGCUGGCAGGCACUCGCGGAGAGGCCGCUGGGGAGGAUUCACUCGGGGAUGGGCUACCUCAAUGGGCACGUGUACCUCCUGGGAGGAAGGAACCCGGUGACGGACGCCCGGCUGAAAGAGGUGGAGUGCUACAGCGUCCAGAGGAACCAGUGGACCUUCGUGGCUCCGCUGCCGCACUCUUUCGGUAAGAUGCAGGUGGUGGCGUUGAACGACCACCUGUACGUGGUGAACAAGCGCCGCAUGCUGUGCUACGACCCGCGCCGCAACCGCUGGCGCCACUGCGGCUCGCUGCGGCGCGACAAGCUGCACAAGGCGUGCGUGUACCAGGACCAGAUCGUCUGCGUGUGCGACAUCCCCGUGGUGAAGGCCUACAGCCCGGCCCGCGGCGAGUGGCGGCGGCUGGCCGACGUCCCCAUCGACAGCCGCGCCCUCAACUACCAGGUGAUCCAGCACGGCGGCAAGCUACUGCUCCUCACGCAGACGCUGCUGCAGCACAACAAGAACCGCGUCCUCAUGCACGAGUACGAGCCGGCGCGAGAGAGCUGGAAGAGCGUCAUGGCGGUCUACGUGUCCACGCUGGGACCCGUGUGCGUUUCCACACGCGUCUACCCGGCGUGCCUGGGCUCGGCGCACAGCUUCUCCACCGAAGAGGACGACGACAGCGGAUCCAGCGCCGACUGGGAUCUGGACGGCUUGACGGACGCCGAUUCCGACUCCGCCAGUUCCAGCUCGUUCUCGGACGAGAACUGGUAGUCGGACUUUUUACAGGGUUGCUGCGGUGAAACGCAAGCCGGCGUGUAUUCGUUUCUUACCAAAAUACAUCAUCUAUUCAUUGCCGUAACGUUGACUUCCACUGUACAUAAACUAACGAUUAAGAACACGAGAUGUGAAUUUACGACAAGACACUGAAUGACUGCGAAUUUGAAUCAGAACAUCAGCGGUCUUUGUUCUCCGUAGCGCAUUCGGGGCACAUCCCGGCUGACUUGGGGCGCUGGGCGGUGUACACCCAGGACUGGUUGUCAGUCCCAAAGUCAUUUGCCAAGAAAUUGUCUACUUCAUUCGUGAUCAAUAGGAUAGCUUCAGUGACCCAAUGAAUAUGGGACUCUUGACCCAUUUUCGGUCCCAAACCUAAAACCCAUCUUGGCCGUUCCCCCCCCAGCUGUUUCCCUUACCUCUGUACUAGUACUUUGUUCAUGAAGUGAUUCCAAAAUGGUGGUUUGUUCCCGACAUGCAGACUCCCUCUCUGUCUCACUGUUUGCCUGAAAACACCUCCGUUGGUCAAUAUUGUGUGGCGCAGGAGAGGUGCGGGGCUUUCUUCUUCUUUGAAAAAGUUCCUCCGAUGUUUUAUUUGUUGUUACAAUCAAAUAUAUGGCCCACAGGCCAUAGCCCCCCGCCCCCCGCUUUCUAUAGACGUGUUCAGCUUAUUAAAGCAAGAUGGUCAUGCCGUUACUACCUGCUCAAUUUCCAGUCAAGCAUGCACGGCUUUCCAAAGUUUGUUCGGGGAGCAAAAAUAAGCGAGCGAGGCGGCUGACGCCGACCGCGCGGAAUUUUUCUCUUGCACUUCAGUUUUGUGUAAAGACGCCAUUUUGUUUCUGGGUUUCGUGGAAGACGUGAGCGACUAGCAACGCAUAUAAAGAUUGCACAUAGUAUGUCUGUUCUGUGUUGAAUUGUAGCGACGCGGUCACAAGACCGAAACAUCUCCGAGAGGUAUUAAAUGAACAAUACGUUUAUUAUUGCGCUUAUUAGAAUUGUUCGACAUCAUACUGAGCUGUUUCUAAUAUAUUGAUUACGUUAUAACUGUUGUUAUACACAGUUGUGCUCCUUAGUUUACAUACGCUGGCAGAAGUUAUGAUUUCCUGGCCAUUUUUCAGAGAAUAUGGAUGAUAACACCAAAACGUUUUCUUUCACUUACGGUUAGUGCUCGGGUGAAGCCAUUUAUUACCAAACAACUGUGUUUACUCUUUUCCUGUCAAUUCUUGGGCUGUCUUGUAUGAAGUGCACGCUUGAGAUCUCCCCAGAGUGGCUCAACGAUUUUGAGGUCAGGUGACUGGGAGGGCCACUCCGGAACCUUCACUUGAUUCCGCUGUAGCCAAUGACAGGUCAACUUGGCUUUGUGUUUUGGAUCAUGGUUAUCAUGUUGGACCUUUUUUUUUUUUUUUUCCCCAGAGAGUUCCGUAUUUCAGCUGAAGUCAUCGGUGGGUGGGCUUUUCUUUGCAUCUCCGCCAAUUUUCCUGGCCGUUGUGGCAAAAAUGUUUGUUGGUCCACCUGAUCGUGGUUUGGUUCCAACAGAAUCUCUCAUUUUCCACUUCUUAAUUGGAGUUUGGUCAGGGUCAUUUGUGUACUUUCUGAUGUCAUUAUGAUUUCAAAGGAGUAAAUGCACUUGUUUGAUAAUAAAUGUCUUCACCCAAGCACUAACCAGGAGUGAAAGAAAAGGUUUGUGUGUGUGAUUGUUUAUAUUCUGUGAAAAAUGGCCAAGAAAUGAUCAAUUCUGCCAGGGUAUGGAAACUGAAAGUACCUCUCUGGUUUCAGUCAAAACUGAGUGCACAAAGAUGUUUGAGAAUUCUGGUGCAUGUAAUGCACCAAUGAUCUAAAGAAGUGCAUUGUGCUGACUCAGGUUUGUUGUUGUUGUUGUCGUCGUUGUACUUUUUAACAACAUUUAUAUGACAUUGAUGAGUUUCUGUUUUUUUUUUUUUUUUUACAUUUUUUUGCUCUCAUUUUUACAUGAGCAUCAGAUAUAUUACCCCAAACACAUUCUCCAAUCUAAACCGAUUAAUAGUUAUUAAUCCUGUCUAAUAGUCACCACAAACUGCAGUACAACCUCGACAGUAACUGUGCAGUUCCAAGUAUUAUAUCCAUGAUAUCGUAUUAGUUACUUGCAUAUUUGCCCGUGUGUUAUUAUUGUUUUAUAUGAUGACUAGAUGCAAUUUUAAUAUAUAUUUUUGAUGUGUGUGAAACAAACUGGAUUACAAUGGCAGUUUUAGUGUACCGGUGAAUAAACCGCGUUAUUGAGUAGCAGCCCUGUUGUUUUUCUGGAUUUAUUUCGUGUAAUCACACCAACAAUAAUAGGAUUUAGGUCAGGACUUUGACUAGGCCACUGCAAAGUUUUCGUUUUGUUUUUCUGCAGCCAUUCAGAGGUGGACUUGCUGGCGCGUUUUGGAUCAUUGUCCUGCUGAAGAGCCCAAAUUCGUUUCAGCUUGAGGUCACGAACAGACUUCAGAAUUCAUGGUUGCAUUUAUCACAGCAAAUCUUCCCGGACCUGAAGCUGCAAAACAGCCCCAGACCAUCACACUACCACCACCAUAUUUCACUGUUUUUCUGAAAUGCGGUGUUACUUUUACACCAGAUGUGAUAGGACACACACUUUCCAAAAAGUCUUGGGGAUCAUCAAGAUGUCUUUUGGCAAAAUUGAGAUGAGGCUUAAUGUUCUUUUGGCUCAGCAGUGGUUUUUGUCUUUAUGUCAAUAUGUCAAAUGUUGUGUGGACAUUAAUAAGGAAAAAUGGCUGCAAUAUAACAAAGAGUGAAAAUUUUAA